AACACUUCAACUUGUGCACCGCUGGUUUUAAUUUGACGAUGGGCGAUAACAAGGAAAACCAAAUGGAGAACAGUGUUACAAAUAUAAAAUUACUUCCAUGUGCUACUUCUACAGCAAUGAAAAAGAAAAAAAAUCCAGUAAAUGCACAUGAUGAUUUGGAAGACUCCUUGGGACUCUUAAAUCUAAGUAAUACAUCUAGUCUUAGCGGAUUUAAGGUUUUAGGUGAUAACAAUGACAUUGGAAGGAAUCUUGAAACACAAAGGGCCCUAGCUGAACAGUCAUUACAGAGAUUAUCUGAGAUUCCAUCAAAAUUUUUAAGGUCAAAAGAUGUUUCUGACUCGAUCAGCGAGAAUUUGGCUGGUAGUACAAUCAAUGAAAGUGACUUGUUGAACAGUUUAGACAAUUAUUCAAACCCUAGAUCAUCAAUAGCUUCACUUCCUGUUGAUAAAUAUGAAAAAAGUAUAUUAGGAAAAGCACUUUCUGAAUUGUCAUUUAAAAUAAGCAAACCACAAUAUUCAUUAGAUGACCUGAUGAAGGACUUGAAUCUCUCAAUGGCCACCAGUGAUGCUAACAGUGAAAUGUUUAGGCCAGCAGCUGAAGUAAAAUCUGAGUUGUUGGCCAAUGAAAUGUCAUGGAGGAAGAAAAAUGAGAUACCUUAUAAAGAAGAAAGCUUUACAUCAUUUGCUGUACCUCAGGAAGAAAAAUAUUCUAUGGGUGAGUUUUUUAAACAGAAAUCAAGUAGUUUUGCUGACUUGCAAGGAUGUGUUAGCCCAAAAAGAGGACAACCAGUUACACUUUUACCAGAAGAAUCGAGCAUGUUACAGAAAACAAAAAUGUCCAGUAAGAGUGUACCUCAAGAUAUAUCUGUGAAUUCUAAUAGCAAUAAAGUACUUAAAUUAGAUAAUAGAAUUGGAAAAACAUUUACUCAGGCUAAUAAAACUGAUACCAUUGAAUCAAAAACUUCAAUAUCUCAAAUAAAGGAUUUGCUGGCAAAUUCACAUACACCCACUAAGAUUAUAAAUUUACUGCUUACACCUCCAGAUCUAAUUGAUGAAUCAGAGAUGAACAUUCAAAUAAGUAAAAAUUCUUCUUACACUAGUAAUUAUUCUGAAAAUGCUGCUAUUAAUCAAAUUGUAAAUGCUACUAACAAACAGACAGUCCCGAACAAACCAUCAAGGACUGAAAUUGCUUCAAUUAAUAACUCUGAUGAGGGUGGUGUAUCGCCAAAAUUAGGCAGAUCUUCCAGUCUGUCAAGUCUUACAGAUGGUAAGCUUCCACUGGAAUCUACAACCUUUGAGUUAAUUUGGGGUUGUGUGAAGGUGGAUAAGUCUGAAACUAAGGAAUUCCUGAUCAGAAAUAAGUCAUCAAAAGUAUUAAGGAUUCAAAUACACAUUACUGGACCAAAUUUCAAAAUUAGGAAGGACAUCAUGAGUGAAUCAGAUACAUUAAGUGCUGCAAAAUUGGUGCUUCAUGGCUAUGAAUCUAGACAGAUCCUCGUCACAUUUUCACCUACAAAAAACGGUGCCGCUUUUGAGGAAUUAAGAUUUACUUCUCUUGAUUUUCCAGAGCAACAGUCAAAAAAGCAAUCUAUCAAAUUGUUUGGGUAUGGUGGAUAUAUCAAUGUGGAUGUUGUAAACAUACCAAAGGAUUUGUCUUCAAAAUAUUUAAUUAACCUGGGGACCAUAAAUAAAAAUAUUAUUGUUCAGACAUUUUUGGUUAAGAAUACUGGUAAUUUAGCAGCUUUUUGUCAUAUGCAGUAUAGAAGUAAACAUAUGACAUUGUUUUCAAAUGUAAUGAUAUCUCCAAAUUUCUUUUCUUUAAUGCCUAAUGAAUCAAAAGAGAUUACAGUGUCUUAUGAACCUUCCAUGAAUGAUCAUAAGUCCCUUCAGACUUUAAAAGGUGUGGUUCAUGAAUUAGGUAGUAUUAAAUUGCUUUUUGGUGCAGAAGUAAAUAGAGCUAGGCUAAGGAGAUUAUGUAAUAAAGCAACAGAGCUACAAAUAAAAGUGGAUCCUCAAUAUAAAAUUCUAAUUGAGAAACUUCAGGAUGAAGUUAUACCAAAUGAUGUUUCGAAGUUACGAGAUGCACUAAAUUCCAUAGAUGAUAUUGGUCAGACAUUCAAAAGUCAUGAAAUCGUCGUAAUCUUAGAACAAGAUCCUGAUCAAACAAUAAUGCCUCAAAUGCAUGAUGAAUCUGAUUUGUUCACGACUUUAUGUGCUGACAGUACUACAGAUUGCUCCACCACUAAGGAUAUUUGUAAAUUAGAACCCGAAGUUUUAAUACUUUCGCCGCCUGUGAAGACUGAAGAUACUUUGUUUUUGAUAUCAGAAAAUAAUAAAAUUCUGCAUUAUGAAGCCCAGUCUAACCCUUCAGGACUGGAAAUAUCACCUAAAAUCGGAAAAUUAUUACCUGGCGAGACUAUAAUUUUGCGUGUAAAAUAUUCUAAAUGUUUGUCUCAAAAACAGUCCUAUAAGGUUAUAAUAUAUGUAGAUAAUGCUGUUUUAGAAGCUCAAGUUAAAGUUUUUUAUAUUUCUAAGAAAUAAUAUGUGUGUUGUAUACAAUUUUUAUUACUUAAUUUUUAUUUUUUUACAUGUGUUUUAUGCAAUUAUUUUUUUAUUUAUUAUGUGUUAUAGAUAUUAAAAAACAACUCUUACAAGUA